AUGCUGCAAACCUUCAUCUCAUAUUUGACAGAGCUGAAGGGUACAAGAAGAAGACUUCAGGGAAAAAAGUUGAUUGUAGCAGUUGAUGACGAUGGUUACUUUACAGACAAGGUGUCUCAUUUUUGUGGGCGAUAUGUCAAGGAUGCCGAUAAAGACAUUAUCAAUGAUGUGAAGACCGCCUUCGAAUUUUCCACCAGAUGUUCAACCUACAACCGCAAAACUUCCACCGAACGAAAGAGAAUCUCCAAAAAAAGAAUUAGCAAAGAAUCCCUUUGUUUGUCAGGUGAUACAUGUGGUUUGACGGAUAAAUAUAUUUGUGGGAUAACCUAUAUCAUCAAUAGAUGCACCUUGGUAAUGUUUGCUUAA